AGCGGAGGCAGCAGGGCGUUUCUAAAUAAUAACCGCUGGUACAGCAAAGGGGAGGGGACGAACCUUCACUAAACAUGGAAGGCAAUAGAGAAAGCCAAGUUGCACAUUGAAUGUCUAAAUAUCUGCCUUUUGAAGAGAAGACCAGACAAGGUAAAUAUCAAACCUCCUUCACUCUGAUUCCGAUGUAGAGUUUGUGCUUCACUAUGUGGGAGGGUUUCAAACUGGAGAGCUAGACUGAAAAACCUCCUGACAUGACAGACCCAACUUUUUUUCUUUACAUGAAGACGGAAUGAAGUUUGUCGGCUGCUCUGUUGCGAAAAUUGUAACCAGUCGAGUGAAGAAACUCCUCUCUGAGAACAGUCUCUGCAAAGUUUGGCAACACCACACGGUUAUUUGUUGAGCUAAACCCCCCCGAUAGAGCUCGGCUUUCUCUCUCCUCCAUGUAUGCGGAUGUUUUCUUUGCAAAAACGGGGGUGGACGGGGUGUUUUACCCAGCUGUUCGUGUUGGUCAACUUGUGAAAGUUGCGCUUUGACAGCCGGACCUCCUCCCUGGGACCGCACCUACAAUCAGGACUGCAUGCUUAUCUGACUGAGACAUAUGUGCGUCUGAAAAUGUUACAUGCACGAAGCUCAGAUGACCCGAAAUGCUCUGUUACCAACCCGUUUGAAGGGAAUGAUCGCUAUCUUCAUGCACAACCUGUUUUCAAGCUGAAUUCUGAUUUAGAUCUCCGCAAGAGUCCGAGUUAAUAAUGCCCACAUCAGACACUCUGAGUGUCCCAUUGCAAUGCAGGUCUAUUUUCUCCAUGAGUUUAUAGCAAACGCUUUGGAUAUUUCAUUUCACAGUGUUUGGAAUAUGAACCCAGCAUGCAGAAAUACACUAGACCACACACACACCCACAGGAGUUAGAAGAAUCAGACAGUCUGAACCUUCAUGAUGUGCAUUUUGGACGCAGACAUGCAUCAGCAGAAAUAAGCAGAAGUUACAGUAGAAUAUUGAUGAUUGUGUGAGUUUGACAUCUUUGUAUGACUUGUACAAACUCUCAUGACACUAUCUUUAUCCUUUAUGAUGAUGUUUUGCCAUUAUAUCUUUGACAAAUGCACAUACAUAUGCUCUACUCUUCCUCAAAUCCUCAGAAGUCCAUUUUCAUGAAUACACUAGUGCUGUUAGUCUGUCACAGUUCUUUGUUAUGUGUCUGGACAAGCCGUCUGCAGCUCGUCACUUCUCUUAAAUGUCACUACCUGCACUGAGGUGGAGGAUUUCCGUGUGUGUGGGUGUGUGAGUGUGUGUUUGUGUGUCUAAAGGGGAGGGGGGGCUGUCUAAGUGUAUUUCACAUGCAUGCAGGAGGAAAUGAAAUAUUCAUCAUAACCAGAUUGGUCUCACAUGGGGCAGGAUGCACCCCGAAAACACCGAGCAGAGAUGAGAGGAAAGGAAAACGUCAAAUGGUUUUUGCAUGUGUGCAUUUUUACAGCGAUGCUAGCGAAUUUAUUUUGACUUCAUAUACUCUGAGAUGAUCUAAUUUUAGACUAUGACUAAAACAACAACAACAGUACAGGAUUACAGUACACUGGGGUGAUAGUAUUUAAAGCUCCUGUGAGGAACUUUUGGGUUGUGCCAAUUUUAGCGCCCUCUGUGGACAAAGUAGUCUUUGCUUUGUUUCUUGAGCUGAUCGGCUGACACCUACCCCCUCACCUACCCCAACCACCAGGCCCCGGUCUAGUACCGAUCUGUGGAUCAAUAAGUACUGGGCCGCAAAUUAAAAAAAAAAAAAGAUGUUUGAUGAUUUUUUUUUCCUUUUCAUCCAUCCUCCCAAUAUUUUAUUUUGAAAGACCACCACUUCCUCCAUCGCCUCACUUUCGCGCUUGACUCUUCGGGUCAUUUUCCUGCAGCGUAGUGUAAUGAAAAGUGCCUAAUAUAAAAUGUAAUUGUUGUAUUCAGAUUACAUACUAUGAACUGAUUAUGGUUUUUGUUAUUGGAACCUCUGCGCCCCUACCCGGUCCUUGGAAAAAGUUUCCUGCAUGAAACUGGUCCCUGGUACAAAAAGGUUGGGGACCACUGUAUAAAAACCCUCUGGCUUGUUGCUGAUGGUCUUUUUUGCUUUUGUUUAUCAUAAUAAGGCUUUUAUAUGAAUUUUGGUCAAUUUGAUAACGCCCAAAAAACUCCCCAAUGGAGCUUUAAGUGUAAAUCAAACUUUUGGUAAUCUGUAGAUCGCUUAUAAAUCAAUUUUUCAAAUCAACUUACAAUGCAAAAUAUUUAAUAAACAAAACAGAAAAGGUCCCAUAUAUAUGAUACGUAGAGGCACAAAGUUAUCAGAAUAUCGGGUGCAUCUAUGGUCUAAUUUAUGGACUAAUUUUUUGGGACAUACUGUUGCUAAUAUUCUUAGUUUUGGCCCAUAAUAAUACAAACUGUUAGACCUUUAAUGAUAAAAAGUGUAAACAUAAGUUAGUGUUGUGUCAUUCGCGAAUGAUUGGUUCAAAAGAACCGAAUCUUUUAAGUCAACGUACUGAACUGAAUUACUUCCUCAAUUGAUUCGUUCGACCAGCAGCUGGCGAACAAGAGACCACCUGCACCAACGCCUGAAUCACUUGGUGAACGAAUCACUCAUUGAACUUCACUCUCUGGAAUCAUUUUUGUCGGACAAAACUAACAUUUUCUUUUACUGCUAAAUUGCCACCACAACAACUUUCAUACAAUAGGACACAGCAUGUAACAAGUAGUGCAUCAAACCCGCAGCAUGCUAAAUGAUUCGGUGAUUUCGUCUUUUGAACGAAUCUUUUUAGUGAACUGAUUCUAGUGAUUCAGUACGUCUAAAAGAACUACCAUGCCCAUCACUAACAUGAGUAGCUAUAUCAGUAUUUAAGCUAGCUAGUAUGAUAAAAUGUAUCAGAAAUUUAUGGAUUAGAUAAAAUAAAUCAAAUUUCGUAAAGAAGAGUACAAUCUCGCUAACAGACAUUGCUAGCUCGCUGUAGUUUCUUCAAGUUUCGUAGGCCUGUCACGUUUUGUUUUUGUCACGUACCAAAAACAAACAAACAAAAAAAUGUAUUUAGAGUUUUGAGCCCAAUGUAGGAGUAAAAAAUUAGGCCUAUUUGUUCAUGUUUGUAGUUUUACCUCAACAGGUUUUGACAGAUGUAGAAACCUGUUGUAGUCGCUACAUGUUUCGUCUCUGGCUCUGAUAGCUGGAACAUUUUUCUCUCUGUGAACCGGGUCGUUUUUAUGGGUGUGGUUGACGGUGAGCAGUGGAAACAGUAACAGGUUUAUUUUUUUUUCUGCUCUCUGUUCGCCAAUAAGAGCCAGACUCUUCUCUACUCCUGCUGCGACCGCUUGGGACUCGAAACAGGAAGAGUGUUUGCUCCGGAUAGAGGAGAGUUGUAGCAAAGAAAAAAAAAGAGAGAGAGAGAGAGAGAGAGUGCUGUAAGACAUAAACAAAGAGAUGAUGUUAUAAAUAAACCGUGGAAGUAGCAGAGCGAGUAGCUACGACAAAGACGGGCAAACUCGAAUGAACUCUUCAGGAAGCUCCAGAUCUGUCAAGAGCUUCAGUGGCUCUAAUGACAGUUUACACUUCCUCGUCCUGGGCUCUGCUUAAUUAAAGAGUCAGAGAGAGAGAGAGAGAGAGAGAGAGAGAGAGAGAGAGAGAGAGAGAGAGAGAGAGAGAGAGAGAGAGAGAGAGAGAGAGAGAGAGAGAGAGAGAGAGAGAGAGAGAGAGAGAGAGAGAGAGAGAGAGAGAGAGAGAGAGAGAGAGAGAGAGAGAGAGAGAGAGAGAGAGAGAGCUUUUGCUUGUUGCUGCUUUCAUUGUGCAUCAGUCCUCACAGUAAACCACACUUUGUGGCAGCCUCCUGCAUGUAAAAUACACCGACCCCCGCUUUGUAAAACGCCUUUGUGAUUAAACAUUGACUCUGAUGCGUCUCUGACUGACACUCAGCGGUAAAAGUAGCGCCGAUAUGCCCGUUGUGACUAAUCCCUUAGCUAUGCGUAGCGAGCACGUGUGUAUAUGGUUGACUGGAAAGAAGUAGGGAGUGUCCACCUGCCUUUAAAACCCGUUACAGUUGCUGCUUUUGUAUGUUCAGUACAAACAGGUAUAGAAUUAUCUAUGGACUUGUUACUCUGCAUACUUCUGCUCUGCUGUGUCUUACUUUCGGCUUCUUUCUUUCAGGGUUUAUGUGCUGGUGGGCCAAAGAAACGACAGAAACCCCACACUCCUGUUGGCGUCUUCCACCUGGACGGAAAAUACCAACAAACUGAGAUUGUUCAGACAAAAUCUGACCAGAUUUUGAGACCCUGUUGUUGGAUUUGAGGCAUCCAGCUACUCUAGAGCCACAAGAUCCUGUCAAUAUUUGGCAGCUUCUAAAUGGCCACAGAUUUUACGUUCUGAUUUUGUCUCUAAAGCUUUUACGACUUUCUCCGAGAGUUAACUUGAGGCUGCAGUCGGUCAAAGUUGUCCCAUAAGUUAUUGAAACAUCUCUUCAUCUUUCUGUAACAUCCAACAAAAAGUGACGUCCACCCCACGCUCUUAAGUCCACCACCUCAGGAUGGAGUCGCACAUUUACUCGGCGACAGGCAUGGCUGCCAGGCUGAGGAGCCAAUGGGAUCGAGACGACGGUCUGGGGCAGAACCACAACGCUGUGAAGUUCCUGGGUCAGGACUUUGCUUCCCUCAGAGCCCAGUGCGCCCAGAGCGGGAGGCUGUUUGAGGAUAGUUUGUUCCCUUGCGCUGCGUCGUCUUUGGGAUUCAACGAGCUCGGACCAAGAUCGUCCAAGACCUACGGAGUGCGCUGGAUGAGGCCCACGGUAAGAGAGAAAAGGGGUGGGAUUGAAAAAGUCUUUGGGUGAAAAUUUUUCUCCACAAGACUGAUGUAGCGACUCCACAGACCAACCUUGUCGCUUGAAAGGAAAGUUGAGGGUCGCUUUCUCCAUAGACAAUCAUGAGGCUAAGAAUGCACUUUCAUGGUGUUUAAUGAUACAUCUGCUAAAACGGUCACACACACAGGACUCCUUUUGGUAACCCGUACGUUACCACAGCAACCACAAACACCACGUGACUCAAACAGACUUAUUACCUUAUGGCCCCUACAACUUAGCCUGGCUCGGCCAUCCAGUUGCGUGAAUCACUUGCCGUUCCUUCCCACAACAGUCUGGACUUCGGCCAAUUGGGAGCCCUAAAAGUGGGCGGGACUACUUUCCUUGAUAGACAGACUACUGUAACCAAUCAUCUGACGUCAUCACAGUGCACAACUGUGUUCCCUGCUGGGCUCUCAAGCAUCAGGUAAUGGCUUGGUAAUAUUUCAACGUGUGCGAGCAAACAAUGUCUUUUACGUCUUCUUCUGCGGAUAUAAAUGAUUUCUGCCGACUUUGCGAAGUCACCUGCAGAAUUAACGGCGUUCUGAAUGAACGGCACUUUGAAAAGUCCCUCAGCAUGUGUUAGACGUCACCGUCUACACAUGGACCAAUCAGAGGCUGCCUUUCACUGUUGUCAGGGGAACAGUGGAAACACAGUCACUGAUUGGCCCGGUUAGUUUCUGAUCGCUAAUACAUGCUCCCAAUUGGCCGAAGUCCAGACUGUUGUGGGAAGGAACGGCAAGUGAUUCACACAACUGGAUGGCCCAGCCAGGCUACCUACAACUCAAAUAUUGAAGAGUCACUUCAUUGGGAAUAAUCUGUAUUUUGUAGCAGAGCUUCCUAUGUGUUGGUCGUGCGCUUAAUUCCAGUAGGAAACAACCUUUUUGGUGUUUUUUUUGUUUUUGCUUCUCUGGUCUGAUUUUCUGAUAAUAUAGCAGGAAUGACAGCGUCCAAACAAUGCCUGAAAACAACAGUGGGCUUUAGCUGUACUAUUCAUAAAUAAUAUUAUAUAAUCUGGAAUUUUAAUAUGGAAGUUUAAGUUCCUUUUAGACGGUCAUGUGCUGUAGAUAAAACAUUAGCCAGUAACUUCCUGGAGUGAAAAACAGAGACCAAGUUCUCUUAUUCUAAAAACGAUCUUUUCCUCACAUUAAUCCUGACCUUUGGGUUGACCUUUGACCCUUUGCAUAGCUCACUUUGAUUUGAUCCGAUUACUCUCGCUGUAAAAAGCGCUGAAAUGACCAGUACAAUGAAAUACUGAGUCUGAUAAUGAUUAAUGAUGACAUUUCAUGGUCGUUUUUGGUUUAACAAACAUUAACAGCAUUUAUGACAUUUACAAAGCGCGGCAUCACAGUGACUCCACUUUGAAGUGAGGCGAAACGAAAGUGAAGGAGGUACUUGGUUACUGUCACUAUGUCCCUUUUUCACUUAUAGGGCAGUAGUGACUUAACCACAGCAGUGAAUCUGUAUAACAUGGUUAAAAACAUGCAGGUCCUUAAACUUUGAGGACAACUGUGAAAGAAUUAUUGACACUAAUGUCCUUCUUUCUGUUUCACAUUAAUUAAUGACUUCGAAACUGAAGAGAAAACGAUAGAAUUUCAAUUUGCUACCAUUUUGUUUUGCUAAGAUAACGAAUAACCUGUUAAAUAAUCUAUAACUGCAAAGUAACCUGUCUUAAAACUGAAGUAAUAAGACUGUCUCAAUGGUAAAACUCAGCUACUAACAUCCAACACUCCCUCUGUUCUCCACCAGUCAGUGAAUAUGUCACACAUGGAUCACAGCGCUCCAUAUAGCUGCAUUUGCAUGUCUUCAUUAGGUGUUAUCACGACAGCUCUGAGGACGGCGCUCCCUCACGCUGCUGGUCUGGCACAUGCCGUGUCAGGUCGCUCUUGUCAGCGCCGUAAUCGAGAAUCAGGGAGACAAGUCUUGAUCUUAAAAGCUCUCAGGGUCGGGAUCACCAGCGUGACUGCAGCCUCUCGGCUCUCAGCCCCUGUUAUGUGUUAACACGUGUAUGUCGCGUGUUCGGUCCUGAUGCUUCCCGGGGUCUCGACUCUCUCCAAAAAGUCUUGUGUUGUAUAAUGUAUGGGCUCAGGCCUGUAAUAUUAACGCUGCACAAGAGGGUUCACGCUGUUCACAUUUCUCCUAAAAUCAGUGCUCUGUGCGAGUCUAAAAAAAGACGGUUUUAGCUGCUGUGUCAGUGAAUUCAACCGUGUUGAUCUGAUGGUCUGUGUGUUUGUGGGCCACGAGGAUAAAUGGGAGAUUUCUUUUUAUAGCCUCAUGUGGAGUUUCUCACGCUCACCAUGCUGAGCAGGAGAUGGUUUAUGAAGGAGGGCAUUAUGGGAAACAAGAAAGACCAGAACAUGUCAGGGUGUUCUUGAAAUGUUUGUCGUGAAAAUCUCGACAGCAGGAAAAACAAAAUUUUCACAUUUUGGAAAAAAAACUCUGAAGGUCCUUACACACCGGGAAUGACGCAAAUAUACAACCUGAAAUUACAAAAUAUUCAGAGGCGAAUUUUGACGCCGCUGACAAUACACAUCAAGCGCGAUGCAAUUUUGCGACUUUCCAGGGGGAAUAAAGACGUGUCCCAGUUGGAAGUGAGAAGACUGACACAACAGCAGACUGACUGUUUUUCAGUUCUGUUUAGACUCUAGUGUUGAGAUGUCUGUCUGUCAUGAUAGCAUGUACUGAGUCGGGGCCAGUACCUGAUAAGAACAUUAAACUAUAAUCCAUAAACGUAAGGUAACAACCGAGACCUAAUGGUGCUGCGACAGCAACGCGAUUGAGUUUGAGACAGUGAAGAUACAUAUGGUAUGUUGUAUCUGAACAGGUUAGCUUACGAGCUAAAGUUACUUAGCACAGAUGAAAGUUAAAACAAAGACGUUUAGCAAACUGUUAAAGCACACAAACCAUCGUCAUAUGAGAAAUCCGACGCUGUGACUCUCCACAAGUUGUCCUUCAGGUCGUUGUCUUUGUAAUAUUUGUGUCUUUUAUCAAAAAUCACUCUGUUCUCCGACACGUAAACAAUCAGCCGGUCGGCCAUGUUGGAUAUACCGGUGAAUCUGACGUCGCAACAACUCCAAAUCUGAUUGGUCAGAAGUGGACACACAGAAUGUGAAACUUUAGAAAAUUCGACUGUGAUACGAAAAAUAAAUGUCGCAAUAUCGCAGGAUAUCAAUACAAGUAGCGAAACCUUCAACUGGGAUACCUUUUCAAAGUUUAUCUUUAGCGAGAGUUCGAUGCAGUGUAGCCGGACGUAAACAUUAGCUUCAAGCAGAAACAAAACCUUCGGUGAUCGAGCAGCAUGUCUACGAAAUGUCGACAUAAGUCUCGACUUACCCUGUUAGCUCUAACGUCACCAUGAACGUUCAGCCUAUGUAGGAUGUAAAACCAAUUUUAGGUGAUUUCACUUCAUUGGACUGGAUUUCUCAAAAACACGUUGACUCGUCUUUUGUGUCAUUUCCACAGCUCUACAGACAUCAUAAGAUAACAGUAAAUCAAAAGUAAAGAUAAGACAGGUAUAAUAGCACUGAUUUGUUUUCUUUGUGUCCUCGACAGGAGUUCUGCAAGAGGCCCGAGUUCAUCGUAGACGGAGCCACUCGCACAGACAUCUGUCAGGGAGCUCUCGGUAAGUUCAAUCACAAGAAUUUCUUGUUACUACUGCAAGAUUCAGCUGCCAGACGAGACGAAGAGUUCGGGUUUAAUCCAGUAGAAAGUUCUUGGUGAAAAGUCAAAGAAAUAUGUGGCUGACUGGAGGAUUGCCAACAUGCUGGGGGAGUGUAGGACAUGAAUAAAUAAUAUCGUCCAUGGAUUAACAUUUUUUCCAACUCCUUCUGUGGAUUAUGGUUUGAUAUAGUGAUUAUAUUACCAUGAUGUUAUCACUAUAACAUAAAAACCCUUUACAAGGUCUCAGAAAAUACAACAAAAAGUAUAUUGAUGUAGUGGAGCUCAGUUACUGCCCUUAGCAUUAAAAUUAAUGUCAUAUAUCUCUAAAUUUACUAUAUUUUAGCUGCAUUAACCCAGCUGUCAGGAGAUAAUUCAAACUGUUUACUGACUCCUGUUGUAGAAACGUCAGUAAACCUCCUUCUUUGUUUAAAAGAGACUGAGCUCUUAAAUAAACAUGACAGAUUACCUUCAGUAUAGAUUAACAAAAGACCUCAGGUCAAACUAAAUCGACAGGAAGGACAGAUGGAGAAGCCGUCCUUGCGGAGAGAGAGUAACCGUCCACUCAGCCGCACCAGUAACAGCGUCUCAGCCCGGGAUGUUUCAUGCUCGACACAGAGGUACAUUUAUAAUUCAUGCUUUGUUUUUCCCAGCCUCACAUCUGUAAACAAGGCCGGCGCUCCCUCUGUUUGAGCAGAUCUGGCAGAGCAGGAAAGCCGCUUCCUUCAUCGCGAAAUGCAAAACUAAAACCAACAGUAUCACUCCCCGAGGGGCUGCUGAACAUGAUAAACAAUACAGGCUCAAAACGCAGAGCCAGAAGACAUUAAGCUUCAUUUUGUCGUGCAGCCAAAACGCUGCGGACGGAGUGUUUUUAUCAGUCAUUGGGGGGUUAUCUGUUAGACGACUGGUGUGGAUCUGUUUACAGAUAGUUUGAAGGGGAAGUGAAACAGCCUGGAUUUCUUUUAGCGUAAAAAUGAAACCAGCUCUUCAAACAAAAACUACCAAGAAGUGACUUAUCUCACAUCAAAUGAGAGCGGUGAAUCUACUCAAUCAAAGAGUGGGAGUUGAUUUACUUCUAGAUCCAAGUCCAAGAGAGGAAAGAUAACAAAACAAAGACCCCUGUUUGUGUCUUUGAGGGGAUUAUCUGGACGAAUGAUGAACAUCGAUUUAAAACAGUCGCCCCUCUUAAAGGUGAAUCAUCUGGUUUUCAAGGAGUCUGAAAGAAAAAAUCAGACAAACAAUGGCUCUUGAACAUUAACCCACCCACACAUAAUUCACAAAAGGCCAACACACCCACAGAGACUUUUGGACACGACAACCCCGCCCCCAACUCCUGAUGGAAGAACUUCUUUCUUCUAGCCUGGCAAAGAGUUGGCGCCACUCUGGAACCAGUUUUUCUGAAGAACUGGUUCUGAAUCAGGCGCUGGUUCCAAACUAGCACUAGCACAGGCUUGUUGGAGAAAGGGUAUUUAUGUGUUGAUGGGUUUAAAAAAAAAACAUACUAAUGAAGGUCAUGGUUCAUGGUUUUUGCCCCAAGUGUGGGACUUCAAGUAUCUUAGGAGUGAGGGUGAAAUGGUUCUUGUGGUUGGCUGGCGGACUGGUCAGCAGCACUUUGAGUGUUGUACUCAUAGACUGUAUGUAGAAUGGACGCCGUCUACCUCCUCGCUGGGUAACGGCACCCUCUGGUGACGGGCUGCAGUAUAGGUCAUAAAUCUUGCCUCCUCCAGCAAUCCCUAUGGAGCUGUGGACAAACUUUAGAAAUUAAUUACACAGAAUAUAAAUUUUUCUCCCUCCUGGUUGCGAUGUUGACAUGUAGUUACUGUAAGACUGGUUUGUGCUCAAGUCCCCUUUUUUCUGUACAGCUCCGUUUUUAAAAGUUAUUAGGGGGUUCAUGUUUUCUAUGAUUGACACUUGAUACAGCCUAUGGGCGGACGAAGAUUGUGUAGCUCACCAGGGGAAUACACUAUUUGAGCUGAGCGUCAUCACAGCGACUCUCUGCGACUCUCCCACCGAAGGCGUACAAUGCUGCUGCACAAUGUUGGUUUUCGGAAAUGGAAAAAAAUUGCGAAAUACCGAGAGCUUUUCAGCUUCAUGUCCGUAUAUCCUGGCGGAAGGUGGAACCAAGUUGUCCAGAGUAUAUACAGUCUACGGUUGUACUGGACCUUCAUGGUGCAGAGAGAUGAGCCAGGUUGAACCAGUUCAUCUACACGCCAACCCUCACCUGUGGCCAUGAGGUCUUGGUUGUGACCCAAAAUAUGAGAUUGUUGAUUCAAGCAGGUAAAGAGAGUUUCCUCUGAAGGGUAUCUGGACUCAGCCUUAGAGAUCAAGUUUGAAACUCGGACAUCUGAAGGGAGUUCCUGCUCCUUCGCGUCUUGUCUUUCCAUCAUUGUCUUGUCUUACUUUCUAAAAUUUCCAUCAUGAAAAUCUGAUCGCCCUCGCUCUACACUUUUACCAUAAAUCAUAUCUCAUUCCUGAAAAGUCUCCAUUCUACAGUAUUUUUCCGUAAACGGCCGCAGUUAUUUUUGGAGGGCUGUCAAAGUCUCAUGUCCUUUCUCUACUCCACUGGAGCCAGCGCCUCUCCCAUUACCCAGAGGGCAAAGCUUGUUCAAACAUAGCUUCAAACUCUCGCCUGAGCUGUUAAAGGGUGAAUUCCACUUUCAUGAGUUUCUUCUCGCUGAGCGCAUUCCAGUUUUAUCUCCACGGCGUGAAUGAAUUCUGGCUUUAGGAAUAAAAGCUUGAGUUUAUUUUAGAAAGACUGGGAAGAUUUCAAAAUGAUUGAAUGUGUUUGAACGUCUCGACUGCAGAAGUGAUCGAGGGUAAUAAAUCUGUGUGUAUGUGUGUGUGUGUGUGUGUGUGUGUGUGUGUCCUUAGGUGACUGCUGGCUCCUGGCAGCCAUCGCCUCGCUGACCCUGAGCGACGACCUCCUGCGCAGGGUGGUUCCUCAUGGUCAGAGCUUCGGGCAGGGAUACGCCGGCAUCUUUCACUUCCAGGUGAUGAGAAUUUACACUUCUGAAUCUGAACACUGAAGAUAGAGACACAACAAACACAACAAACGCCUAUUAACACAAACCAAGGUCCUCACAGGAGCUUUGAAGGUACAGAGGGUGUCCGCCUCCCAGACUCUGACGAUCCCACAGGAAACAGAACAUGGUCUAGACCUGCUUUUGAUGAUCGGGGGUUUUUAGAUAAGGAUUAUAUGAGUCAUGACUUUUACUUCCAAAUGAGUAAAAACUGAUAUUUGCCCAAAACUGGGACUUUCAGCUCCAGAAAACGGAGGUCAGUAGCUCGAUGCUGCCUUGCAUCAUGAGGCGUCUUUUUUUUACGCCAACACUUCCUGUCGUGUUGAGAGCAACACUGGUUGUGCAAACCGUUCAGCUUGUUUUAACUUUGCACAGUUUCAUUAUCUGUCAUUCGUUCAGCUUGGGAGUUGGUUUAUUUCUCGUUGUUCUUGGAGGCUGUGGCGUUUUUUGGUGUCGAAUCACAAGUCAAAGGAAAGUCCCUGACGCUAUCAGUUAUCAACAUUAGCCUCUUAAAUCUCUUCCUUGUAUUCAUAACUUCUUUUAUUUUCUCUUUUCAUUCACUUAUUCCUGGCAAGAACACCUUAUUAUGACUUCAUGUUGUCCGUGUUCAUGCUUUGGCCAACACCCGUUUUUGUUUUUAACACUUAAUGGAUGACUUCUGGACCGUAUUAUAAUACAAAGGUGUCGUCCACUAUCACCUCUCACAUGUGUCAAACUUCUCCUCCCGCUUUGAUAUAUAUUCAUAGAAAUAUCUCCUUCUAUCUCUGUGGUUGAGCCUCUGGCAAAGCGUCAGGUUUUUACAGCUGAACUUUGCUCCGUACCUAAAACCAAACACUCCAGAUUCACUCGGCUGGCAGCAGCAAAUAGGUGUGUCCGCUCACAAAUCCUUCCCCGCCGUAGGUAAACAGGGAAGUGUUCAGCCCGGUGCGAGGGAGUAAAAUCCAGCAUGAUAAGAAGAUAAGUUUGAAUACGAGAGAAAUAAAUGCAAAAGUUUCCACACAGUGGAAUCAAAACUCUUAUCAACUUUUAGAGGCGGGAUUCAGCGGGACCUUGUGUCGGUUCAUAAAGUGAUUAAAUAUUAACUGAUUAAAGCUUCAGAUUUAUUGUUUGAUUAUUAUGCAGGUUCGUUUUUAUAUUAGAUGUUAUAAGUAGAGAUUUGGGGUAAGUCCCCAAUUAUGCUGCGUUCCAGUUUGGGGUGUCCCAAUGCGAUAUUGAUAUCAGAUAUUGGUCAGAAUCAGCCAAAAAACAAAUAUCAGAUUAUAUCGGCCUGCAUCUAAAAUAUCAGAUAUCAGCUCUCCGAUACAAGCAGUCCAUUCCAGACUCCGCUUCAGCACCUCUAUCUAGCCACGUCCUGAUCCAGCAAGCUGAGCCAAUGUGAUCACAACAACAGUGUGUACUGAGGUACUAACAAAGUAGCAAGGAGUAGGAGUGAUGUUGGCCAUGUGGCAGAAAAAGAUGUUGCAGCUGAGUGAAAAACUUGUUGUACGCAAUUUUGUGCCAAUAUCGGAUCAAUUUCGGAAUCGUAUUGGAAGUAAAAAAAGUUGUAUCGGGACACCCUUAGUUCCAGUUACCUCAGAAGUCGAAUGUCGGAGCUGGAAAAAACGCUACACCCGAGUUGACGGUGUUCCAGUAAACAAGUCGCAAAACCAAGAUGGACGCCUACUGUUAGCUGUUGUUAGUUGUUGUUAGCUAUACCAGUUGUAAACAACACACAACACAGUAUUUUACUCUUACAAACACCAUAGCACCGAGUUCACAGUCUGACGUUUAGCAGUACAACAUAAACCACUUAGUGCUAAUAAAUAAAACAUUACGAGAGCUUUUACUGUUACUCUUUACUGUUGAUGCACUGGGCUGCCAUCUUGGAUUAUGACGUUGUCGUCAAGUCGGGGUUGCUAACUUUUUUUUGUAGAACUGUAGGGUAAGGUCCCGCCCUCCUUCGCCUCUGAUUGUCUAGAAGUGCUGGGCUGCGAUUGGUUAUUCCUUAUGGCUGUGAAACGUCAUCGUCUGUUGGGUUAGGGUUAGGUGAUUCAGAAGUGCGAUAACGUUCUGUAAUGUUCCGUUGGAUGUACAAGGCCGACAGCCUGCAUUUGUCUUGAUCGUGUGAUGACGUUUCCUGCUUUUCUAGCCAAUCAGAGGCGAAGGAGGCGUGACUUUUCCCUACCAUCCUACAAAAAAAAAAAUAUUGCGUCGGGGUUGGAGAGGAUUGUUCGACUUUCUGAGUCGGAUAUCCGACAUCAGGGGGGCGUUCCAGAUGAAUUUCCGACUUCCAAGUACAACUGGAACGCUGUAUAAGAAUAACUUAUUUAUCUGGUUUAUUCUGAAUCUGUGUCAUGCUGGUCGGCUUAAAUACGGUUACAUUUCACGGCUACAGUCACCAACACAAGUGGAAACCAGGUAUUCGCCCAAAAUCAGACUUUGAUUUAAAAUCUAGUAGGAGUGUAAUAAACUGCAGCAGUGUAGAUCAGUGUGUGUCUGUUCUGUGAUCUCCCAUGUCUCACAGUCUGUACUAAAGUGCGUGUUUGAGCCCCCGUCUGUGUGUGCGAGCUCUCCCCCGUUUGAUCUCACAUCAGCGUGUCUGCAGAGCAGGAGAGGUUGUUAACCCUUAAACUGAGUUGCUAAGCAGACUUUCAUGUCGUCAAGCGCUCUGGAUCUGCUUUAAAAGCCGGAGAGAAAACACACACACACACACAGGGACAGGGGGCUUUGGUAUUUCAUGAUUGUUGCUUUUAUGUGUCUAAACAGUUCAGGUGUUUGUGUGUUAGUUUUCUUGACCUGCGUUGUCACAGAGAGCUUUGAAGCUGAGGCGGCUUCCUCUUUGACGCAGUGAGUCCUGUGCCAAGCAGACUGUCAGCCUGCCAGGAGAAAACCGAGGGGGUGAGGAAGUGAAACACGGAGGAGAGAGAGGGGAAGCUCUCGUUGAUCAAAGAUGUCUAUUACAUGAGACAAUGUGGAAGAAACAUGUACAACAUAUCCUCUCAGAUACUUCACGCUUCAGUCAGCGAUCCAAAACAUCAAAUCGUGACACUUUGGGACUCCUCUCAGUUCAACAAAUAAAAUCUACAUCCAUAAAAACUUUCAAAAUGAGAUUGCUUAAUUAUUAACAUCUGAAACUUUUUAGUCCAUCAAUCCAGAGGCGAACAGACGAUGUUAAUCCGACUAUGAGGAGUUCAGUUUAGAGUAAUUUCAGUUUAACCAACAUGUUCACGUGUCAGGCAGAUGUUUUUGGGGAUAUCCAGUCUUUUAGAGAUCUGUGAAUCGUUUAUUUUUCUGUCGUGUCCUUGAAGAGUCGAGCUUUGAGACCGCUGUGCUGACUCACCAGAAACACACACUCACUCAGAGGGAUAAUUUAGCCGAGCAAAUAUGGAUUUUGGCCCUUUAGAAAGAACACUUAAAGCAUCAGUAUCAGAGUCAGAUGUCUUCCUGGUGCUGUUGUGAUACCUCCCCUUCUUCACAGAGGUGGGGGCUUGACGACUCGACUCGAGACUCGACUUGGACUUGAGUCCCGUUUUUGACUUGCUUGAUGAAAUCAAGAAAUGACUUGGACUCACUUGGGACUUGAUUACUAAAGACUCGAGACUUGACUUGACUUGAGCCCAGUGACUUGAAAAGUCAAGUCAAGUCUUUUCAAGUCACUUACUACCUUACAGCAAGCCCAAACCGUUUAAAAAGUGUCGCAUCAACUAAUAGUCAGGAAUUACGGUUGUUGGUAACACUGUGUUGUGUUGCCAAGUCUGCUUGUUUUUGUCUUGUUUCUGGAGGUCUGUUUCCUUAUUUCUCUCACCAAACUUGGCAACACUGUCUCAAACUCUAGCCUCCCUCAUAACGACAACACCGGGAGGACUGAACAUAAAUCGCUCGCUAGUAUUGCCCGCCUGUUUCCACGUGUCGCCUCGUGUCUCUCUUUUGUUUUGUUUUGGAACAGUGAAUUAGAGUAUCAGUUUAAUGUUUAAUCGUAUUUGAGUCUUCCUUAUUUUUGUGCACUUUGUCUAAGUUUCCAAUUAUUGAAGUUUAUCUGAUUAUUUUUCGUAUGACAUGUAAAAUAGUUUGGUUAAAGCUGCACUGUAUAACUUAACACAAACAAGAACCCUUGUUUAAUAAUGAAUGCAAAUAGCGAAAAAUGAUCAUGAUUAAUGUAAAUCUUUACAUAUAACAAAUGGUUUUUGACUUGAAAGAAACGGUAAGGACUUGGUUGGGACUCGAAACAAAAAGUUCAGGACUUGUACUUGACUUGGGACUUGUCUGUGUUGACUUGGACUUGACUUGGGACUUGUCUGUGUUGACUUGGACUUGACUUGGGACUUGAGAGCAAAGGACUUGGACUUGACUUGGGACUUGUCUGUGUUGACUUGGACUUGACUUGGGACUUGAGAGCAAAGGACUUGGACUUGACUUGGGACUUGUCUGUGUUGACUUGGACUUGACUUGGGACUUGUCUGUGUUGACUUGGACUUGACUUGGGACUUGUCUGUGUUGACUUGGACUUGACUUGGGACUUGUCUGUGUUGACUUGGACUUGACUCGAGACUUGAGAGCAAAGGACUUGGACUUGACUCAAGACUCAAGAGAGCAAAGACUUGAGACUCGACUUGGACUUGCAACAUAAGGACUUUCCCCCACCUCUGCUUCUUUGUUCCUGGUUAUUUCUGGCGCUCUUCAUCAGCGAUCCCCAUAUGCCGCACAACAUCUCGUUCUGCUCGAGUUGAAUCGGUGGUUUCAUUUGCUCCAGAGGCUCAUAAACACACGCGUGCGGUUAAUGUAUGCUAAAGCUAAAUGGCUCGUAAGUCCAUGUGGCUGCUUCCAUUUAACGAACAGUCGCCCUAGUUUCAUCGCCCAGUUACGUCUCUGUGAGUUGUGCGUUUGUACGGCUGCCAAUUAGAUUUUCUCAGGCUCUUGUGUUUCCAUUACUUGCAGUUUUCUCUCUGCCUGAGCAUGUUUCCCAUUCUGUGCUUUUCCUGCGCCGUUGAUUCUUUCAGGGAUUCCUCUGUUUGGAUUCCUGAAGCCUCCGGGUGAAUUACUGCAGACCUGAAUGAGUCAUAGCAAAAAUGUAAUUAUCGGCACCAGCAGUGGGGAUCGUACUCGAGAACAAAAAAGAGGAGGGAUGAAUAAUAAACCAGGUAAUCUCAGCUGUGAACUGGCGCAGAAUUUCUCAUGAUAUUCUUAAUUUAGCGCAGAUCGCUGAAUCGUACUGGCGGUUUGUUUCUCAGGCUUUACUGCCUGGUGACUGCGAGUCAUGACACAGAUGUGGUGAGAGCUUCCUCCCCUCAGUGAGGCGGGCUGUCACUCCCAUAAUGCUUUGAAAUGAAUCAGCCAUGUGUGUGUGUGUGUUUGCCAGGGGCGCGUUCAUGUUUGUGUGCUAUUGUGACACAGCUCCUCCCGGAGGUGGAUUCAGCUCUGCAGGGCCACUCAGAGGACCUCUACAUAGACAUCCAUCAUCCUGCUGAGCACAGUGAAGAGAGCGCUGUCUUCAAAUUCACAAACACGCGCUCACUCACAGCUGCGGCCGUUAUCCGCCAAAUUACAAUCCUGCAACUCCCUCGCCCCCCUUUACUUUUUCCUGCAAUUGAAUUACCCAGUCGUGGAAAUAUUCCUUCACUCUGUGCUCUGAUUUGCAUGAAGAUUAUUGCAUUGUUCCUGCCUGAAGGUCUUUGCAUGAAUACAACCGGCUCCUGCACCAACACCCACUCUUGUAGAUGCUCAAGCAAUAAACAUUCGAUUAGAGUUAGUUAUUCAUUUGUUCUGUUAUUAUUGUGGGUCUGAAAUGCUGUUCGUAUCCCGAUGUAGCUGAAUGAUAGAGCAGAAGGAGGUUUCGCUCUCUAUUGGAGUUUAACUCUGGAGCUUUUUAGUUUAGCUUCAGUCUGCCAAAACUGCAAACAUGAAACUCGAGUCCCCAGAACUCUCGGGUUAGUAAUCGGUCAUUUUUUCCGUGUUUCUGCUUGUUUCUUGCUCGGUGUGCUGAGGGAAAACAACAGAGAGCAUUUUGACCUAAUUUCAAACAGUUGUGCCUGUAAAUAGGCCCUCGUUCACCUCAGUGUAUGAUGCUGGUCUCUGCUGCCCCCUGGUGGCUAAAAGACACUUCUCACCCUGUUACUAUCCGCCUGGUUUAGACUGAUCCAUGAGUGGAGUUUAUUAGUUUGUCCAAUAUUUGCAUUUCUCAUCAUGUUUCCUGUUGUAAAAUCUCAUUUCUGGGCUCUUUUCCGAUGCAGUUCUGGCAGUUCGGCGAGUGGGUGGAGGUGGUGAUCGACGACCGGCUGCCGGUGAAGGAUGGGAAACUGUUGUUCGUCCACUCAGCAGAGGGGACGGAGUUCUGGAGCGCGCUGCUGGAGAAAGCCUACGCCAAGUAAGUCACAGUGAAUCACUUUUAUAAUCACUUUUAAAGUAGGUCACAAAGUUUAUCCCACAUUCAACUUUAUGUUUCUCCUCACAGGGACAAUUAGCAACUGGUGUAAUAUUUGAUAUUUGAAAAACAGGCGGUGAUUAUUGGAGUGUGUAAAACUGGGAAAGAGUUUCUUGUCCACCAUCUUUGACAGAAGGAGUGAGCGAGGGAGCAGUUUAGUCUAUCUGCUGCAGAAGACGAGAACGAGCGAAGGUUUUUCUUUUUUUUAUGCACUUUGUUAUGUUGAGAUAGUGUUGAGAUAGAUAGAUAGAGAGAGAGAGAGAGAGAAAGAAAGAGAGAGAGAGAGAGAGAGAGUGAGUGAAAGAGAGAGAGAUAGAUAGAUAGAUAGAAAAAGAGAGACAGAUAGAUAGAUAGAUAGAGAGAGAGAGAGAGAGAGAGAUAGAUAGAUAGAUAGAUAGAUAGAUAGAUAGAUAGAUAGAUAGAUAGAUAGAUAGAUAGAUAGAUAGAUAGAGAGAGAGAUAGAUAGAUAGAUAGAUAGAUAGAUAGAGAGAGAGAGAGAGAGAGAGAGAGAGAGAGAGAGAGAGAUAGAUAGAUAGAUAGAUAGAUAGAUAGAUAGAUAGAUAGAUAGAGAGAGAGAGAGAGAGAGAGAUCGACUUUAUUAAUCCCAAACUGGGAAAUUCACAAAAUUUCACUCAAGAAAAUGUUGUUUUUGGUUAUCACGAGAUCACAGUGCAUAAAAAAAAGAAAAAUCUCUGGUUGUUCUCGUCUUUCUAAUCUGCCAAGUAUCGCCCAGUGUUUCCAUUUUGACGCACUGCUCCUUUAAGUAAUAAUAAACACUGAAAGGUCACUAACUACCUACACAUUUCUGUUUUAAAUGAUUCUUCUUGUGCCUUCAUGCUUCCACAUUUUCUGUCUUUUCUUUUGUAUUUUUUUCCCUCCUUUGACCCAGAAAAGCGUGUUUUCUUAAGUCUCAGCUCCACUUUAAACUCCGAGUCCGCUGGCAGAAAUUCUCAGUUUGUAACAGGAUUCAGAAACACUUAGCAGCUGUUCAAGUUAACAGCUGCACUCUGAUUUGUAUGCAGAGAUUUAUGCGUGCAUAAAGUGUCCGCUCACGUUCAUAUAUGGUCAUAGAUUGUUCAUCUGUGUGAGAACAUACUGUUCUCUCAUAUACCUCUACAUCAUGUCUUUAAAGGACUUAACUUUUAUAUAAACACUGACAACCUGUGCCGUAUUUUCCCUUCAUUCAAACUCUUGAUACUUCUUUUCCUUCACAGGCUGAACGGCUGCUACGAGGCUCUGUCAGGCGGCAGCACGUCCGAGGGCUUCGAGGACUUCACCGGCGGUGUGACAGAAAUGUACGAGCUGAGGAAAGCCCCCUCUGACCUCUUCAGCAUCAUCGGCAGGGCCAUAGAGCGAGGAUCCCUGCUGGGCUGCUCGAUAGACGUCAGUACUUCAGCAUUUAUUCACCCGUCAUCAUGAUUAUUGUUUUUCCAAUAAGAACAAGUAUGCAGAAAUCUGGACUCUGAAUCUAGGAUAUUAUUCCGAUCAUUUAGAGGUUUGAGCCUUAGAUAUGACGAGGGUGAAGGUUAUGUAACCUGCAGUAAAAUGUUUGUAGAGGUCAGUGUAAUGCUCAAGGACAGGUCAGAGCAGCGGAUGUUUGCAAAGCGAGGGUAUUGAACCCUGUCCGUCUGUCUAACUUGUUGCUCUAUUUGGAGAGGAAAAAACAGCCAGACGAUCUGACCUGAUAGGAAAACAAACACAGACGCUCUGCAGUCAGGAUAGUGGCGUAAUGACAGACCCUAAAGCCAAAGUGAAAUGUUAAAAUGCUCAAUUUUACAGCAGAUUUAAGUCUGUGGCCUCAACUUCACCUCUUGGCUACUUACUAGAUUAGCUUGGAGUUAAUUGACGUGAUGUUUUCCAAUAUGGCGACCACCAUCGUUGGGCUUUAUCACAUUUCUCGGUGUGCUUGAAUGUUUUUUGAUCUGUCAUUUAGACAUCAGCGGCCUCUUUUACACUUUUGUUCAUAGUUCCUUCCUGUCAUUUGCAGAUCAGCGACACCAAAGACAUGGAGGCCGUUACGUUCAAGAAGCUGGUGAAGGGACACGCCUACUCUGUGACCGGCGUGGACGAGGUGAGAAGGGAUUAAUCAGAUCACGGAGGGACUGUCCCAUAAAAGAGAAUUUAAAGAGAACUUUUUACUAUGUUUUUACGAGAAGGGCAUGCAAAAGGUGCCUUCUACUUUUCUUUCAGACUGGGUGGGAAUCAAAAAGAGACAUUUUUUUCCUUUAACAAACUGGAAGGACAUCCAGAGGACAGGUGUUCACUUCUGAUAUGCUGAAAAGGUUUCAAGGGGGCUCAUUUUAACUUUUUUAAAAACAUUUUAAAACUUGUUUUAACACAAUUUUACUUGUCUUAUAAUGGAAGCGCAUCCAAAGGAACGCAUUUUACUCAUUUUAUUUUUGAAGGGUAUCCAGAGGACAUAUUUUUACAUGUUUGAUAAUUGAAAAGCAUCCCCGACGGGACAGUCUUUAAAAAAUUUCCACUGUGAGGGAAUUUAAAGGACUCACCUUUACUAACUUUACAUUACAACAUAAUUUAGAGGACAUUAUUUAACUUUAACUACACUGGAAGGGCAUCCAGGAACACACUUUUACUUAUUUUAUACUGGAAGGGCACUUUGACAUUUUUCAACCUUACACUCAAAAAAAAAGAAUCAUGGCAUAGUUUAUUUUUAAGUUUUCACAUCUAUUUGAUUUAAUGUAAAUAAAAAAUAAAAAAUUUAGUUAUUUAUUCUAUUUUUUAAAAAUCAGCAUAAAUCUUUUAUUUUGAAAUCAAUUCAAUUUCAUCAGUUAAAAUGCAUGAAUAUAGAAAACAGGAACAAAUUGGAUUUAUCAAUAAUCAAUACAUAAAUCAUCAUUAUUUAGUCUAAACACAUUGGGUUUAUUGGUAUUAUUACAUAAGUCUAAUUCUUAAUAGUUUUAUUUACAUUUGACUGACAAACAUGCAGCACAUGAAGUUUAUUGGCCUUUUAAUGUCAAAUCUACGUCAUUCAAAUUGAUGGAAAUUUUGUCUUCAAUGAGGCCUAAAUAUUUCUGUGAGUACGAAGAACGCCUAACUUAGCUAAUAUUUUAUUUAAAAAAAUCACCACUGAGGGGAUUGAUCGUCUCCUUUAGAUUUGUCAUAGAUUACAUACUGAACAUUAGAGGUCAGAGAAUUUUUGGAAUCAGCUUUGACAAAAAUUUUAAAAACUCUUUGUGUCUUCUUGAUCUCAGGUGGUGUACAGAGGAAACAUGACAAAGCUGGUCCGCAUCAGGAAUCCCUGGGGAGAAGUGGAGUGGACUGGAGCCUGGAGCGACAAGUAUGAUUCAACAGAUUCAAUUUAACUCCCCAAAUGCACUCAAACUGAAAGCUUUAAAAGAUGCAAAAUAUACAAGAAAAGGCAAAUACUUUUGGUUGCAGUGGGAAAAUAUUGAAUUCAGAUACACACUGCUCAGGUUUAGUCAUUAAAGAAACAGUUCUGCCUCAGAAAGGUUUCAGACUUUCUGUGUUCGAUCAUUCGCUCUUUUUUUGUUGCAAAUCUUCAGCUCCAGAGAGUGGGACAACGUGGAUCGCUCUGUUAGAGGUCGGCUACAGAACCGGAGCGAAGACGGGGAAUUCUGGUGAGUUGAAACAUGUCACAUAUUAGCAGGUAUUUAUGCUAAUUAUACCAAAAAACUAAAUUUUCUUGAGUGAAAUACUGAUUAUUUUUUAAUGAAGCUGCAGAGAUGAACCCUCUCUGACUCACUCUGACAUGUUUCAUCCUUUACAUGAAUGUUUUAUCUCAUGCACCCUCCGCACUAAUGUCAGAGUUAUAUAUAGAUGCGCUGAGCAGUUAGCUGAACACGCUCAAAAUGUCAACAUCGUUUUUCAUCUGCAGUGAAACAAAGUUCAGCUCUCAGGCUCUGUAAUGGAAAAGUUACUCUGAAUCAGCGCGCCCACACCUUGUCCUGACAGUGUUUUCAUUCCCCGUCUCAGGAUGUCGUUUAGUGACUUCCUGCGAGAGUUCACCCGUCUGGAGCUCUGUAACCUGACCGCCGACGCUCUGCAGAACACGCAGCUGAAGAAGUGGAGCUCCUCGCUGUACCAGGGGGAGUGGAGGAGGGGCAGCACCGCCGGAGGCUGCAGGAACUACCCAGGUAUGACGAAAUGGAAGGACAGAAGGGGGAAACUUGGAGAAGAAUGAGUUAUGAAGAGGGGUCGUUUCAUAAAUGAUCCGUUUUCCUGUCUCCUGUCUUUCUCAUUUAUCAGUUUUGGAUCAUGUGACGAUGUUAAAUUUGGCCCCACAGGCUCCUUAUUAUGUUUGAAAUGUUUCAGGAUGGAGGGUGCAGAAAGAUAAAUCAAGGAUUUGGAUGAAAUGACUAAAUUACAGGAACAGAUGACUCACAUUUGAACUUCUUCUUUCAAGCAACCUUUUGGCUGAACCCUCAGUUCAAGAUCGCGCUGCAGCACCCGGAUGCUCCCGGCAAAUCCGAGUGCAGCUUCUUGGUCGGCCUCAUGCAGAAGGACCGCAGGAGGAAACGGCGAGAGGGCAAAGACAUGGAGACCAUCGGGUUCGCCGUCUAUGAGGUAGAGAGAGAGAGAGAGGAGUAACUCUGCACCUUUAGUUUCCUGGAAAAAAAGUUUGUUUCUGCUCUCACUCCAAUAAUUGUCUUCUCUUGUUGUCCGUCCUGCACAGGUCCCAAAAGAGGUAUGUAUUUUACUUCUCCACUUUUCCCUUGUGGUUAAAAAAUGUCACAUAGACGCUUUUUGUAAAGACGACCCUCUCUUUCAGUUCGUGGGCAGGUCCGGCGUCCACCUGAAGCGAGACUUCUUCCUCACACACGCCUCCAGCGCUCGCUCGGAGCUCUUCAUCAACCUGAGGGAGGUCAGCUCACGGUUACGGUUGCCGGCCGGAGAAUACGUCAUCGUCCCGUCCACCUUCGAGCCGCACAAAGAGGCCGACUUUUGCCUCAGGGUUUUCUCGGAGAAGCCCGCCAACUCUGAGUGAGUAACCGAAGAAGACUUUGUGGGAAUGAGGCAGAGGUGGGGGCUGGACGACUCGACUCGAGACUCGACUUUGACUUGAGUCCCGUUUUUGACUUGCUUGAUGAAAUCAGGAAAUGACUUGGACUCGCUUGGGACUUGAUUGCUAAAGACUUGAGACUUGACUUGACUUGAGCCCAGCGACUUGAAAAGUCAAGUCAAGUCUUUUCAAGUCACUUAAUACCUUACAGCAAGCCCAAACCAACAAGGCGUUGAUAUGACUUGUUUCUGACUUGAAAGAAACGGUAAGGACUUGGUUGGUACUCGAAGCAAAAUUCCUAGGACUUGGUUGGGACUCGAAGCAAGAUUCCUAGGACUUGGUUGGGACUCGAAACAAAAGGUUCAGGACUUGGACUUGAGACUUGUCUGUGUUGACUUGGACUUGACUCGAGACUUGAGGGCAAAGGACUUGGACUUGCCUCGGACUUGAGAGCAAAGACUUGAGACUCGACUUGGACUUGCAACAUAGGGACUUUCCCCCACUUCUGGAAUGAGAAAUGAUGUACUGUUCUGGCUUUAAAUGGCUCAUUACGUUUUUUUUCCCAUGUAAUUACAAAUUUAGACGGAUAAGUAACAUGAAGUGUUUUCUUUGUCCGUUCAAGGGAGCUCGAUGAUGACAUUAAAGCAGAAAUUCCUAAAGAGGUAAGAGAGUAUUACACCCUGCACUUGAAUUGAGUCGCGAUGACCCAGGUGCAAAAGAAAACCUCUGAAAAGUCCAAUAUUUGUGUUUCAGACGGAGCUGGAUGAGAGUCAAAUCGAUGCAGGUUUCAAGAGUCUCUUCAGACAGCUGGCAGGACCGGUAUGCAAACUUUGCAGUGGGGCAGAGAUUGUACACACAGUCAUGUUCAAGUUCUCUUGUGUAACCUUUUGUACUUGUGCCGACAGGAUAUGGAGAUCAGUGUAACGGAGCUGCAGACCAUAUUGAACAGGAUCAUCAGCAAACGUCAGUAACAGCCGAUAACCUGUGGUUAAUCGUUUAUUAAAUUUGACGAUUUGUAAUCUGUUUUUCUCUCUCUGUCUCUCAUGCUCACAGAUAAAGACCUGAAGACAGACGGCUUCUCUAAAGAAGCGUGUCGCAGCAUGAUAAACGUCAUGGACGUAUCCUUUAAACAGAAUGAAAACCUCCUUUUUUUAUCAUCAAUUCAAGAUGAUGAAAUUUCAAAACUGUAUGAUCUGAUGAAUUCUGCCUUGGCGGUCGCACCUAUUGAUACGAACUGAUGUGAUAUGUUACAUUACAAUAAGACACAAUAAGAUAAGAUAAGAUGUAGUAAGACACACUAUAUGAUGUGAGAAGAUACAAUACAAUACGACAUGAUAUGAUACGACCCGAACCAACAUGAUACGAUUUGAUAAAAUCAGAUAAGCUAUGAUGAGAUACUACAUGUUGUGAAAAGAUAUGAUAGGAUACGAUACAAUACGACACAAUAUGAUACGAUUAAAUAUGUUACGAUAUGAUAUGAAAAAAUAAGAUAAGGUAUGAUGAGAUACUAUAUGAUAUAAUGUGACAAGAUAUGAUACCAUAUGACACAGUAUGAUACAAUAUGAUACAACAUGAUUUGAUAUGAUACGACAUGACAAGACGCAAUACAAUAUAAUAUGAUAAAUUUAGUUAAGGUAUGAAGAGGUACUAUAUGAUAAGGUUUAAAGGUAUGAUACCAUGAGACAAUACGAUGAGAUAAGACAAGGUGUGAAAAGAUAUGUAAGUACACAACACGAUACAAUAUGAUAAGGUAUGAUGUGAUACUGUACAAUAUGAUGUGAAAAGAUAUGUUACAAUACUAUAUAUGAUUCUGCAAUGCAAAAGGAUAUGAUGCGAUGGAAUACGUUAAAUACGGUGCGUUAAGAUACCAUCCAAUAGUCUUGAGUUAACGACCUGUAGCUAUGAUUAGGUUUUGUAAGCUCAACUUUUUGUAGCACCACGUCUAAAUUUGAGGUUUUAAAAUUGAGUCACUUCAGGGAAUUCAUGAGUCAUUUUUUAAAAACUUAUUUAGUAGCACUUUUCAAGGUUCCUCGAUACAGUUCGCCUCUUUCAUAUCAUUGAAUGAAUAUGUACUGUAGUUGUAAAUGAAGACGACACUGUUUGUGCUUUAACUGUUUGGCUCAGACUGACGGCAGCGGGAAGCUGGGCCUCACAGAGUUUCAUGUCCUCUGGGAGAAGAUUAAACGAUACCUGGUGAGUUUGAACACUGAUGAAUCGUCUGGAAAUCUGAUUCUGAUUCUGAAUCUAUUCUUCAUUUUUCUAACCUAUCGUCCUAUCUGCUAUCCUCUCCAUUUUUUCUCCUGCCUUCGCCACCAUGCCAGACCAUUUUCAGGCAGUUUGACUUGGACAAAUCGGGCACUAUGAGCUCCUAUGAGAUGAGGAUGGCUCUUGAAUCUGCAGGUACUGCUCCUUUACAUUUCAGUACACUGAACACUUAAUGACUCAGAAGCAUUGGUGACAUGUUUUUAAAUAGACAUCCAGCUCAGUUUGGGUAUAAUGCCUGUAAAAAGUCUGAUUUUUCUGUUUCAGGGUUCAAGCUCACCAACCAACUGUUCCAGCUGAUCAUUCUGCGAUACACAGAGGCCGACAUGUCUGUCGAUUUUGACAACUUUGUUACCUGCCUGGUCAGACUGGAGACCAUGUACAGUGAGUCCCAUUUCUGCACACCUUAAGUGUUGAUUUAGGAACAGUUUUCACACUUGACUUCUGGUCCAUCUACAGUUUGUGUUAUGCUAAGCUUGAUAAAUGACCAAACACAGCGAAUAUUAUCAGUUUUUUGGGUUGACUUCAUAAAGUUCCGGUCAUGUAAUACAUACAUAAUAAUGUGAUGCAAUCCAAAUAUCAGCAAGAUAUGAUGUUUCGUAAAGAAAAUUUCAAAGGUAGGGCACCGACAAGUCCUCAAGUAGAGUUCAAGGGGUUCAACUUCAGCUCAAGUUCUUGUCUUAUCAGGUAAAGCUCAGGAUUUCAGUGACCUUUAGUCUCUGUCUGAGAUGGUUAUAUCCAAUAUUCAAGAUCUUCUAGUCUGCCAAAAAGUUUUACACUUAUCUGGUUUCUUCCCAAAAAAAGCCAGCAGCAGCCUUUGAAAAUUUUAUACCCUAUAUUAACACAUUUAGACGCCAUGAGGCAGGGACACAGCUAGACCUUUUUGACUGGGGUGGCCAAACUUGGGCAGCGACUUUUUCAAGGGUGGUGUUAAGUCUGUGUGUUCCCUGACCCAUUCUGUCAAGCCAUCAACAUUUUGACUGUUUACAUUUAAUCAUUAUUCAGAUACUUAGAUAAUACGUAAUCAGUUAAAACAUGGCCCUAAAGGGAUAUUCCGGCAUGAAAUUAAUUUAGGGUCAAACACACUGAGUUAGACACCCCUUCUAGUGAUGAAUGUUGCCGACCGCUUGCUUCUCUAGUUACACCAACUUUAAUAACGACCGCACGAUAGCAAUACACACCGGUCUGAGGAUGCAUAAACAAACCUCAACCAAAACGCCACUCUAUAGCCACAAAUAAUGCUCAGAACAGCACCUAACUUCAUCAACAGUACAUAUAGGGUCCUAGCUAAAGCACUAGCCACCAAACAUCUUUUUCACAUUGUCUAAUUUCUUUCGCAAAGAGACUAAACCAUCUCACCCACUCUCUUCCAGCAGCCGCUUGUUUGUAGCAAGACCUUGCGCCAGUCCAUUACGGACUACAGUGGGGUGACGCAGCUCAAGGAAGAACAUUUAUGAUCAUUUCUUCAUGGAAAUGCAGUCAGACCGAGACACUAAGGCUGAAGAACUACUGCGUCUGCAGUAUAAAAUGAUUGAUAUGAUGAUUAUUACUUCAAGGAAAUGAUAAAGAAAUGAUCAUAAAUGUUCUUCCUUGAGCUGCGGCACCCGAGCAAUAUUCAUCUCUCUAGGGGGUGUCUAACUCAGUGUUACGGUGUGUUUGACCCUAAAUUAAUUUUACACAGGAAUAUCCCUUUAAUAGCUGAUUUAAAUAUAACCCUAACCCUAACCCAGUUGCCACACCCUGCCUCUGCCAUAAAGUACACUGUCAUUUGAACCUUUUUUAGGCUCAUCAGUGGAGUCAGUUUUAUGGAAACAAAACUGUAAAAUAAUAAUAAAUCUUAUUUGUUUUUCUGCAGAAACCUUUAAGACGAUGGACACAGAUAACGACAAUGUUAUAUCCCUCAACUUCUUUCAGGUAAGUCUGUUCUUUCUUUUUCUCAUUUUGUGUUGGAUAUUUAAAACUUUGUCUCUCGUCGAAGUUCCUUUUAUUUGACUUACCCUAAUUCACUUUUCUGUUUGUUUCACAGUGGAUUACGUUGACCAUGUUUGCCUAGAGCCGAGUGGACUCUUCACUAACUGUUGCACUGCGUCUUGCCGCAGCUCCAGGCCCCAGAAUGAGUCAUUUCAGAAGUGCCUUUUAUCCACCAGCUCGAUUUCUGAGGCCCUCGGAUACUAAAAGACUGUAAAUUCAUCUUUACAGUGCCUAUAUGGGAAACAUGUGCCAUCUUCUAUUUGUUGCCUGUAUGCUUUCGUCUCAUAGCCGGGCCGUGAACUCUGUGAUAGCGCUGACUGUUAGCUUGGCAGACUGUUUAAACCGUACAUACAUGUCUGGAUGGUAGCACUACUUUAGGAGCAUAAAUAAACAUGUUGGUUGAAUAUCAGUGUGUAGAGACAACAAAGCCUCAUAUCUUUGAACCAGUAUUUAGUUUGCUGGGUUGAGAAACAUCUAUCUUUAUAUGUUCCUUUCACAGCUACCAGGGAUGGGAACGGAAUAGAGCAAACUGAGAAAUAUUAUCUAUCCAUUUAUGAUUUUCUAGAUUUGCCCAACCACAAAACAGAACUUUUUGUCCACUUUUUGCCUUUAUCUACAUGUUUUUGACAUACUCAAAGCUGGAACCAUGUGUUGUCUUUGUUUACAUUGCGCUGAAAAUCAACCAAUAUGAUUAUUUUUGCCCCAAUUACUCAACGUGCGACUAAAAGUGAAAGUGGGAUCUUUGUGCCAUUGAAGCGGGUGAAUUUGGAGGUUUUAAGUCAAACCGUAGUUGUGAGUUUUAAUACUUUUUUUUAAAGUUUCUGUCAAUCAGUGAUAAUUAACAAUAAUGAUUACAUUAUUUUAAGUUGGUUUUCAAACAUACUUAAGUGUGGCAACAGCCAUCUAAAAAUUAAAAAGGACCUUUUGAAGUCAAAAGGACAAGUGGUUGGAAAUUUAAGUUGCCAAGUGUCAAUUUUAACUUCUCUACGCCCCAAUUUCAACAUCCACAAUAGUUUUUCUUUGGCCCAAGUAGCAAUGCUGCCAGCGUGGCAUUUUCUGUUUACAUCUUGUGCCAAAAUUAGCUUUCACCAGAGCAUCAAGGGUCCAAUCCUGAACUUUUUUCUGGGCCCUGCAGCGCUUACACAAUAGCGGCGUACUUAAUCAUAGGAGAAUGUGUUUUGUUAUAUGUCUCUCGAGCUUAUCCUGAUCAGCUUUACGAGUUUCAGACCUUGCUUAUCUUUAUGCAUGGCACUUUUUACUGACUGUUGUUGCAAAAUACGAAAAAAAAAAAAAAAAAUCCGUAACAUGCCUGGAACUGGAUGUUAUAACUGUUGUAAAAGAGUUGAGUCAGCCUCGUUUGGUAAGGGCAGUCAACAGUUACGCUGAAGGUUAAUAAUUGCAAGAUGUAUGGAUAUGUCGUGUGCAUGCUGUUUGACAUAAUUGUCUGCCUGCCUUAUUUCUGUGUAACAAGGGGAGCAAGCGUUUAAGUUGAGUUUCGUUCUUAAGUAAUGCCACUUAAAAAGUCUUGAAAGUGUUUAGGAUCUACAUGUGACAUGUUUUACCAAAAGAUAUUGUUUUGCCAACGUUUGUAUCCCCCUGUAUUUUUUUUUCUUUUUGUACACGGAGGAAUUAAAUUUGAAAUAUUAAAGAAAAGUGACAGCAGAACACUUGAAUUCAUGCCAGCAUUGUUAGCUUCACUUUUUGCAGUGUAAUGCUUAUGUAACAUUAACUGCUUUUACAUGAGUGGUUUUCAGAGUCCCUUUGGACCCAUUCAUCAUGAAGCGCAGUGUGUCUGUUCAACGUCAGCGCACACUGUAAAUAAACUGGGG